AUGGAGAUAUUGGUUCUCGGGCUUUGCAGAACCGGGACUCAAUCUCUUGCGGAUGCGCUAAUACUGCUUGGGUACCGCAAUGUCUACCACAUGCGCGAAGUUGUUACUUCCGACCGUGAUCAUAGACAACACUGGAUUAAAGCUAUUGAUGCAAAAUAUGAAGGCAAAGGCCGGCCGUACGGACGUGUCGAAUACGACGAGUUCCUAGGAAACUUCGCGGCUCUCACAGAUAUUCCGGCUGCCAUGUUUCCAGAAGAGUUGAUCACAGCAUACCCGUCCGCAAAGGUUAUUCUAACUACCCGGGAUGAAGAAGGUUGGUACAAAUCAAUGGAGAACACCAUAUGGCAUGCGUGGUAUCAGGGAAAGUCUAGAAGUCCGGAUGGAGCCGUGAAAAACCCGAUGAUCAGCCUUAGCGAUAAAUUUCAUGGACACCUGUGGAAGAGCAACUUCGAAGCUGAUGGGAGAAAAUGCUUUCGCGAUCAUAACGAAAAGGUCAAACAGCUUAUGUCGAAGCAUCCGAGCAACUUCUUAGUGUAUAAUGUCAAAGAAGGUUGGGAUUCGCUAUGUCAGUUUCUUGGAAAAGAAAUCCCUGAUCAUGAAUUUCCUCGCAAUGAUCACUGGAUCCAGUAUAAGAACGACAACUGUCUUUCUUCCUAG